AUGGAUGCAUUGGUUAAAUCCCGUCUCGAUGCAAUUUUCAAUGGAAAAAAGGUGCCACCACUUGAUUUCGUUGAGCAGUUUGAGUUCACUGCAAACGUUAAAAAAGAGGACGGACUUGGAUUGGAGUUAAAACAUCUGAUGGUAGUCAGUAUAACUUACAAUAGUCCAUGUCAAGGUCAAAUCAAAGUGGGUGACGUUUUACUCAGUCUCAAUGGAACUCCCAUUACUGGUCAGGAUAAGAUGGGAAAAUUAAUUCAAACUAUAUUCAAUGGCCAAUUAACAACAAAGAUGUCUGUAAAAGUGAUGCGUCUGAAACGUCGAAUCCCUCGCCCUUCAACGUUUCCUCCACUUUAUAAGCACGAAGGAUACACAAAUGACACGCUGGUUCUGUACAAUCUCAAAGGAUACUUUCAUUUGGGUCUCGAUAUCAAAGAACUCGAUGGAAAAUUGAUUGUGUGUGAUUUUGUGGAAAACUCGUUGGCCGAUAUCACUUUCAGUUUAGGAGAGGCGAUUUUAGAUGUGGACGGAGAGAAGACAUCCACGUGUACUUCUUUCAAUGACAGAGUUCGAAAGUCUCUAGAAAUCCGCAACUACUGUCUGGUUACUGUAGAAGUUCCAUCAACGGAUCCAUUGAAAAAUCUGUUAAGAAAUCAGAUAACGAAAGCAGUGAAGGAUGUUGGAAGAAUAAAUAAACUACCGUUAGAUGCGGCAACUUAUGCAGCAGAAGGUGUUGCAAUAUUCAAGAAAUGUUGUGAUGGGCCAUUGAAAUCAGCAUAUGUCGGAGAUAAACACGGAAAUAGGACGAGUGAGAAUGCAUCUCGUUUGAAAAUGGAGGAUAAAGUCAAGGAAACCGAUGUGCCAACUGGAUGGAAUUCAAGACUUUUUGUUAGACUUCCACCUGCAAAAACUCUCGAAUCUGAAACUCUUUCACAAUAA